AUAUUAAUUAUUUAAUAUAUUUAUUAUACACAAUCUAAAUGAUACAAUAAACAUUAAAUAGUCUUCGGUUAAAUUAAAAUUUAUGAAUCUCCAGAUCAUAAAGUUAAAUGACUCAAAAUAUAUCGAGAGAUUUAUUACAUUAACGCAUUCAAUUUUAAUGAAAGAUUCUUGACUGUUGAUUAUAAAUGUAAAAAGCAUAGAAAAAAAUGAGGCACCCUAUAUAGAAGUGUUAUUACGAGAGAUCGGAAUCAUUUUGUUCCCAUUUUAAGUAUCUAUGUGACCUAUCUUUCUAUUUCUUUUUAAAAAUCUACAACGGUACAGAGAAUUUAUAAGAAAGAAAGAGAAAGAGAGUGAAAGAGAAAGAAUGGAGAAUUAAGAGAUAUUCAUAUACACUCUAUUCGAGUACUUUAGAGAUAAAAAUAAAAAUAAAGUGAACAAUAAAAUACAAAUGCGAUUAAAAUUUAUAAAAUUUGAAAACAUCACAUACUAUUUUAAAAAAUCGCAAAUUUCCCGUGUAGAUCUCCAUUCAUAUUUCAUAUUUGGUAAUUACAAUUUUAUGCAAUUACAAUUUAUUAUACAAAUCCUUGAAAGUUAUCUAAAACCUUCCAUCUGCGUCCUUUAAGUUGAAGUUGGUUACUAACGUGAAAAUUAAAGUAGAGUAUUCUUCAGAUUCUACGUUAGUUAACAAUUAAUUACGUUUUCAGACGAUAAUAAUAAUUGCAAUCAUGGAUGAUGAUACGAAGACAUCGAAUAUACAAGAAAUCUCUCAAUUAGAACGACAGUUUGGAGAAAAGCUAUACGAGCUGCAAAAUAAUACGGAUACCCUGCGGGUGAUGCAAAAGGAACUUCUGGAAACUCAUCACGCUUUAUACAAUACGGAGUCAGAACUCGAAAAAGAGCGUAGAGUUUCUCACGAACUAAAAAUGCAAUUGAAAGCGGCUAUGAAUGCAGUGAACGAAUUACAGCAACAGCAAACGAAAAAUCAGGUCGAGAGCGUUCAAUUACAAGUCAAAUACAAUGCGAUGGCGAAACAAUACGACUCUCUGAUGAAUCAAGCCACGACCGCUAAAGUGCACGAGACCGAAUGUAAAAUUAAAAUUCAAAGCUUAGAGGAGAACUUGCGUCAGAAGGAGAUGAGCAACAAGAGAUUGGAGCAAACGUUAAAUGAACUGGAACAUGAUAAUUUGCGCACUAUUACCGCUAUCGAUCAGAAAAUCACGAAACUUUCACAAGAGCAUCAAAAUCUGCAAAAAUCUUGCGAAGCGAUUAUCGGCCUUAAUCAACGCUUACAAAUUCUGGAUAUGUGCACACACGCGAUACAUAAAAAGAAUGAAGCAAAAAUUAAAGAUUUGGAAUAUAUGCUAGCUUCAAUGUCGGUCAGAAAUGUAGAAUUCACAGAGAAGCUUGUAAAAUAUAAUGUUUGUCCAGAAAAAUAAAUAUUUACUUCCACAAUCUAUAUGAAAAAUAACAGGAUAGGAUUUUUUACUAAUAAAUACACUGAAACAUGUGUGUAUACAUGAUUAAUAAAAAAUGUAUUAUAAUAAUCGUUCGUAUAUUUAAAUAUAAGUUGAACAAAUUCUGAUGGUAAAAAUGCAAACUUAAGUCUUGCAAGUAAAAAUAUAAACUUGCAUAUCGUGACAACCAGCAAUUAAAAGAGAUUUUCUGCUACAGAUUCUUAAACGCGCGCGAAUCUACCUCUAUAAAAUAAUAAUUCUACCGGAAAACAAACCUCGCGUCUUUUUUUUUUAAGAGCCUUUACACACAGGACACGUCAAUGUGUUACGCGUGCUAAAAGCAACGUGCUAACCAAUUAACCUUUCGUUCUUACGGACAAGUUGUAAAUCGAUUAGCUAUCGUGUCAUUUUAUCACGCAUAAUGCAUUGACGUUCUAUGUGCAAGAGCCUUUAGACUUAAUAAAAUUCUAUGACUAUCUGUAAUAUAACAAAAUUGUCUAUAAAGUUCUUGUUCAAUUCAUCACAAGGCAUUUUAAUUACAUCAUAGUUAAUGCUCUAGUACACUUUACGUUUUCCCGUUAAUUUUGUGAAAAAGCUAUAUCUGCUUAAUAACAGUAUAAAAACGAUUGUGAUAUCUAUACUGCUUAAUCUUAUUUAUUUUUUUAAUUUUUAGUCGUUCUAUGUGAUGUUGCAUGUGAUGUGUGAUGUAUG